AAACGUUCGUGUUAACGUUAAUAUAAAGUGCUGGGGUGAUUUUUAUCUGCAUCUGAUGAACUUUGAACCUGAACUUCUAAAGAUCCAUCGAUCAGCAGAGGAUCCAACCGCCGGAGGUCGCGAUCGGAGUUAGCAUCUGUUAGCCGUUAGCUCCCCGCUAGCCUGCUAGCCGAGCAGCGGCAAGCAGUACCCGUCUCGCCGUCACCUGUGAACGGUUACCUGUUCAGGACUCCUCUGGCGGUGUGUCCGACUCCGCCUCCUCCCACCUGGAUUGUGAUGUCGGUUUUCAUCAGGUGCCUUCUCCCUUUCUUCGCUCCUGCGCAGACUCCAGUGUUUUCACGUUACCUGGACACCAAAAAAACCCCAAACCGAACCAAAACAACAACAAAACGCGGUGUCAGAACCGGAAACUUCCAGAAGCUCCAGCUGUCAACUGACAAACCGCCGCCCGGUCUGUGGCUUCGCUCCGGGCUUUCAGGCUCUUGAAGCGGAGCCUUGACGGACGAUGGCUCAGCCUGAGCAGCAGAGAGGUUCGGCUCCUCUCGGAGCUCUCCUCAUCAACCAGCUGUGUGUGUCGGUUCCAGAUGCGCAGAGGUCCAGUCAGACCGUCCGGCUCCCCAGCCGAUCCGAGUCUGUGGUGGCUCACCUGGUCCUCCGAGCGCUGUUUGGAGCGGUGAGCGGUACAGUCCUGUUCCUGGGCGUCGCUCACAGUCUCCCUCUGACCUUUGACCUGAAGCUGGCAGCAGGAUGCGUGUUUGUCGGUGUGUGUGUCCUGGGCGGGGCGUUGUCCUCCUCUUUCAGGUGUUCAGUCCUCCUGAUGUUUCCCAGCAUGCUCGGCUCCCGCGGCCGAGCGUACCUGAUGCUGUUUAUCCUGUCUGUGCUCUACAGAGGACCGGUCUCUAACAUCUGGCGUAACGUGGAGACGGCUGCUCUGUCUCUGAGCUGCAACCUGGACCUGCAGGUUCAUCACAGCAAGUUACUGUGGCGAGACGCCGUCAGACCGUUUCUGCUCAUCACUCAGCAACUCAUGGAUGAUAAAGCAGAGUUAGAGUCGGAGGCUCUGAGCGUCGGCAGGAAGUUUCAGAGCAUCAGGGACGAAGUCGUCCUUCAGUACGGAUACGACCGAUUCAAACGAAAACACACCGAGGCUGCCAACAGCACACAAGAGCAGUUCACUACAAAGACCAUGAUGCAGUGCAACAGUGUGGUGGAAGAGGCUAUGCAGCGCUGUUUUGAUUGGUUCAGACGCAGGUGGGCGGAGUGCAUGGAGGUGAUACCUGUCCCCAUCAUCAACCACAUCCUCUGUGUCUCUAUGAAGUUCCACUUCCUGUGUGACAUCAUGAGAGUGAUGACUCCCUGGUGCAGAGAGCAGAUUCCUGUGGAGGGAAACUUCGGUCAGCUGUUUGAUCAGCUGAACCGUUCAGUCGACCUGUUGUCCAGAGAGUUCAGCACCGAGCUCGUCCUCCAGGAAAAGCGGCAGCAGGCGGUGUUGGGUGGAGCUCUGAUGGAUCAGGAGUUCACUCAGUCUGUUCGAGGAUCUUUCCAGAAAUUGGCAACAACGAUGGAACAGUUGCUGGACGUCCUGCAACUGCUGCUGUCCUUCACCUUCAUCACCAUCUUCACCCAGGCGUUUGGUUACCUCAGACAGUACCGGAGGGACGUUCGAUUUGACAACGUCUACAUCACCAGCUACUUCAGACGGAUCGACGCCCGCAGGAGAAGAGCGGGGAAGCGCUGCCUGCUGCCGCUGAAACAAUCAGAGAGAAAGAAGUUCAUCGACCCCCGGAGUCUAAAAACCCAUCCUGAGGAGUUUAAAGAAGCGAUGGCAGGUGUGUUUCAGGUGCUGUCGGUCUCUCUGCUGUGUGUCGUCCUGCUGACUGUCGACUUCUCUCUGUUCCACGUUCUGGACAUCGUCAGCAGGCACACCUUCACCCAGUUCAACCUGACCAGUAGUCACCAGGUGGACAUCAAAGUGGGCGGGGCCUCCCUGAUGGCCCGCCUCCUGAGGAAGACGAUUUCAGCCUUCAACAGCUCGUCCAGCCUCCACAUCCAAACCGACAACCAGGGUUGUGCGUCCCCCCCCUCCUCCCUCUCAGCAGGUGUGUAUGUGAGCUGUGUGUGUUGUGUCCUGUUGGUGGCGCUCUUCACCUGCCUUCAGGUUUACACCAACCGCCUCCGACGGGUCAUCGCCGCCUUCUACCACCCACAGCGCGAGAAGAAGCGAGUUUUGUUCCUCUACAACCUGCAGAUCCAGAGACGGAUUUCCUCACUGGACAGCAAACACAUCGUCAGGUGUGGACGGAGGAUCGGGACGGUGUUCCUGUCUCUGAGCAGGUGUGGACGUCGUCUUUGUCAGGAUCGCAGACAGGAAGAGUCAGACUCGGAGGCGACGUACUACGACCCGGGUUAGACCGGGACAGGAAGAGGAAGAGACGACGUUCAGAUCUCGUUCUGUUCAGAUAAAUCUUGGUCUUUGCUCUCUGGUCUCUGUCUAAAACAAUCUCAGAUUCUGCGGCUGACUCACACGGUUCAGCUCCCUCUGGGGGUCAGGAUGAGUGGAAAUCAGCUGGAAACACAGGUGGAGCGGCUGCUUUGUUGUGAAACUGCGGGAGUCGUCUUUAGAUCCUGAUUUUUACACUUUACCAAACAAAUCUGCACUGGUUUAAUGGUCUGGGUCGUGGCUUCAAGUCAGACUUCUUUUGGGCUCUUUGCACUUACGUGGUCUCAGCUACAGCCCGGCUUCUGGGGGCUUCUGGAGUACCAGAGAUCCAGCAACCGAUCCCCGUGAUGUUUGACAAACCUGAAAGGAGGUUGAACAACAGCUCAGCUGUUCUGGAGGUGUCUCCAGAAUCCUCCUGCACACAGUUCUGAAGAAAUGCUCUAGGUUUCCCGAGACGACACGUCCCUGCUCUUUCUACGUGUCAGUGGAAAAAUGAAAACUUCAGUACAGACACAUGAUACUGAUGAUAAAGCUUUUAAAUUUUGGUUCACGUUGUGUGAACUGAGUCAAACACAUAAUAAUCCAGAUGGUUCGAAGAGUCUUUGGAGAGCGGGAAAAGGUCUGGGACAGCAGCAGGUUUGACGAAAAUCACCAGGUAAUAAUUUCACAGAAAAACUCAGGCCCAGAACGGGGGCCGAGGGCCGCUCCGAGUCCAGGACCCACGGUGCCUUGCGGCCUGCUGAAGUUGUGAUUUGAGCUUUUACAUUAGUGUGAAGGCAGCAACAGCAGAAGCAUUUCACACAGUAAAAUCGGUUUCAAUCAGUCACUGAGGAAAAACAACCAAUCGACAACCUUAUGAGGACUGUGAGCAAACAUGCAUCUGUGUGUGUGUGUGUGCCUAUCCCUGUGGGGACAAGGCCCCUUACCCUGACCCUAACCUAAACCUGAUUCUAACCUCAGCCCUAAAACCAGAUCUGAACCCUCAAACACCAGCCCCUACCUGUGGGGACAUCAGUGGCGACAUGAGUCCCCACAGGUAAGUGUGCAUUCAGGCUAAAGUCCUCACCGCGGUACAAGAACACGUACGCACACGCGUGUGUGUGUGCGCGAGAUCACAUGAUCAGAUUAGGUAUGUACAGAGGAGUUACGUAACAGCUGAUCCUCUGCAGCAGCACGUGCAGCGAUGGCUUCAUUCACGGUUUUAAUCUCAUCCUCAAUCAGCAGCUGAUGCUGGAUCGGUUUAGAUCGGCACUUCUCACAGUGAGCUCAUCACUUCAUCAGGGCCUCUGAACAGUUUCUGUAAUCCUCCUGAACCCCGUAAAUAUUCAGCUGUCAGCCUGCAUGUGGAUCCGGGCACGGUGGACUUUCUUUCCCGGUUUUAAAAGCAGAUUUCAAACCUGGGAAAUUCGUUUCUACUCCUAGAAAACAACAGCUCAGCUGUUCUGGAGGAGUCUCCAGAAUCCUCCUGCACACGAUUCUGAAGAAAUGCUCUAGGUUUCCCGAGACGACACGUCCCUGCUCUUUUUACGUGUCACUGGAAAAAUGAAAACUUCAGUACAGACACAUGAUACUGAUGAUAAAGCUUUGGUGGCGUCACGGUUUUAUUCUGAUCAACUGCUGUUGAACUGUGUUCCAUUAUACAGACAGGUGGUUCUCUUAUUUAGCCUACAAUCGUUGAUAUAAAUGGGAGUAGACACAAUGAUAGUACACCUGCUCUUUAAUGCAACACAGUUCAACAGCAGCACAAACUGCAGCCUCCAGAAUGAUGACACAGGUGAGUCAACACAAACUGAAGAUCAGAACCUCCAUGAUGGAGGAUUUAUUACAGGACUGCUGGAUCAGAGUGACUUAGAUGUAGCUGGUGUUCCUCAUAAACCGACAACUGUGUGUGUAAUGAAAAACGUGUGAGAAGAGGCUCAGUCUCAGCUCAUCACAGAAACCUGCUGGACUGUGAUCAGUGCAGACACGAAGGGGUUAAAUGUACUGAGGAAAUACCC